GGAGGACCUCAGACCCCACAGAGGCUUUAGGACUACAGACGUACUUCAGCCCUUAUGGACUCUGACUCGGUCCGAUCCUCUAGGACCCAGGAGAACCUGAAGCUCUGGACUACAGCCGUCUGAAGUUGGUGGUCAUCGCCCCACCACAGAACAUGGACACCUCUGGUAAAGUUCUGGAGACGGCCGAGGACAUCCAGGAGCGCCGCCAGCAGGUGCUGGACCGCUACCGGCGCUUCAAGGAGCUGUCCGUGGUGCGGCGCACCAAGCUGGAGGACUCGUACCGCUUCCAGUUCUUCCGCCGCGACGCCGACGAGCUGGAGAAAUGGAUCCAGGAGAAGCUGCAGAUCGCUUCUGAUGAGAACUACAAGGACCCCUCCAACCUGCAGGGGAAGCUGCAGAAGCACCAGGCCUUUGAAGCUGAGGUCCAGGCCAACGCCGGAGCCAUCAUCAAACUGGACGAGACCGGCCAGCUGAUGAUGAGCGAGGGGCACUUCUCCUCCGAGACCAUCCGGACCCGUCUGGAGGAGCUCCACCGCCUGUGGGACCUCCUGCUGCUGAGGACCCGGGAGAAGGGGACCCGGCUGCUGCAGGCCCAGAAGCUGGUCCAGUACCUGAGGGAGUGUGAGGACGCUCUGGGCUGGAUCAGUGACAAGGAGGCCAUGGCCUCCUCCGAGGAGCUGGGCCAGGACCUGGAGCACGUGGAGCUGCUGCAGAAGAAGUUCGAGGAGUUCCAGACAGACCUGGCGGCCCACGAGGAGCGCGUGAAUGAGGUGAACCAGCUGGCGGCGCGGCUCGCCCAGGAGGCUCACCCUGAGGGCGAGCUCAUCCUCCGCAAGCAGGACGAGGUGAACGCCGCCUGGCAGCGCCUCAAGGGCCUCGCCCAGCAGAGGCAGGGCAAGCUGUUCGGGGCGGCCGAGGUGCAGCGCUUCAACAGGGACGUGGAUGAGACCAUCAGCUGGAUCAAGGAGAAGGAGCAGCUCAUGGCCUCCGAUGACUUUGGGAGGGACCUGGCCAGCGUGCAGGCUCUGCUGCGCAAGCACGAGGGUCUGGAGAGGGACCUGGCGGCCCUGGAGGACAAGGUGAACACCCUGGGAGGAGACGCGGAGCGGCUGCAGCAGACUCAUCCUCACAACGCGGCUCAGAUCCACCUGAAGAAAGACGAGCUGGUGGCCAACUGGGAGCAGAUCCGCACGCUGGCGGCGGAGCGCCACGCCCACCUCAACGACUCCUACAGGCUGCAGCGCUUCACCGCUGACUUCAGGGACCUGACCAGCUGGGUGACGGAGAUGAAGGCUCUGAUCAACGCUGACGAGCUGGCCAACGACGUGGCCGGAGCCGAGGCUCUGCUGGACCGGCACCAGGAGCACAAGGGAGAGAUCGAUGCUCACGAAGACUCCUUCAGAGCCACGGACGAAGCCGGCCACGCCCUGCUGAGCACCGGCCACUACGCCUCGGACGAGGUGAAGGACAAGCUGGGCGUGCUCUCCCAGGAGAAGGAGGCGCUGCUGCGGCUGUGGGAGGAGCGCCGGCAGCAGUACGAGCAGUGCAUGGACCUGCAGCUCUUCUACAGGGACACGGAGCAGGUGGACAACUGGAUGAGCAAGCAGGAGGCCUUCCUCCUGAACGAGGACCUGGGGGACUCCCUGGACAGCGUGGAGGCUCUGCUGAAGAAGCACGAGGACUUUGAGAAGUCGCUGAGCGCCCAGGAGGAGAAGAUCACGGCUCUGGACGAGUUCGCUACCAAACUUAUCCAGAACAGCCACUACGCCAAAGAGGACGUGGCCACCCGCAGAGACGCUCUGCUGAGCCGGCGUAACGCUCUGCAUGAGCGUGCUCAGACCCGGCGCGCGGCGCUGGAGGACUCGUUCCACCUGCAGCAGUUCUUCAGGGACUCUGAUGAGCUGAAGAGCUGGAUCAACGAGAAGAUGAAGACGGCCACGGACGAGGCCUACAAGGACCCGUCCAACCUGCAGGGCAAGGUGCAGAAGCACCAGGCCUUCGAGGCCGAGCUGUCGGCCAAUCAGAGCCGCAUCGACGCUCUGCAGAAGUCCGGCCAGGAGCUGCUGGACGGGAAGCACUACGCCUCCUCGGAGGUGGCCGAGCGCAUGGAGGAGGUGGGCUCCCAGUGGAAGAAGCUGCUGGAGGCCACGGAGCUCAAAGGCAUCAAGCUGCGGGAGGCCAACCAGCAGCAACAGUUCAACAGGAACGUGGAGGACAUCGAGCUGUGGCUGUACGAGGUGGAGGGCCACCUGGCCUCAGACGACUACGGCAAAGACCUGACCAGCGUCCAGAACCUGCAGAAGAAGCACGCGCUGCUGGAGGCCGACGUGGCUGCUCACCAGGACCGCAUCGAUGGCAUCACCAUCCAGGCUCGCCAGUUCCAGGAGGCCGGACACUUUGACGCCGACAACAUCCGCAAGAAGCAGGAGUCUCUGGUGCUGCGGUACGACGCCCUGAGGGAGCCCAUGGCGGCGCGCAAGCAGAAGCUGUCCGACUCCCUGAGGCUGCAGCAGCUGUUCAGAGACGUGGAGGACGAGGAGACCUGGAUCAGGGAGAAGGAGCCCAUCGCUGCCUCCACCAACAGAGGCAAAGACCUCAUCGGGGUCCAGAACCUGCUGAAGAAGCACCAGGCGCUGCAGGCGGAGAUCACCGGACACGACCCCCGCAUCAAGGCUGUGACCCAGAAGGGAGAGGCCAUGGUGGAGGAAGGCCACUUUGCUGGCGAGGAGGUGCAGCUGAAGCUGGGGGAGCUGCACGGCCGCUGGGCCUCCCUGAAGGCCAAGGCGGGCCAGCGGCGGCAGGACCUGGAGGACUCGCUGCAGGCCCAGCAGUACUUUGCCGACGCCAACGAGGCCGAGUCCUGGAUGAGGGAGAAGGAGCCCAUCGUGGGGAGCCCGGACUACGGCAAGGACGAGGACUCCGCCGAGGCGCUGCUGAAGAAGCACGAGGCCCUGAUGUCGGACCUGAGCGCCUACGGCAGCAGCAUCCACGGGCUGAAGGAGCAGGCCCAGUCCUGCAGGCAGCAGGUGGCGCCCACGGACGACGAGACGGGCAAGGAGCUGGUCCUGGCCCUGUACGACUACCAGGAGAAGAGUCCCCGCGAGGUCACCAUGAAGAAGGGGGACGUCCUCACGCUGCUCAACAGCACCAACAAGGACUGGUGGAAGGUGGAGGUGAACGACCGGCAGGGCUUCGUUCCUGCUGCCUACGUGAAGAAGCUGGACCCGACCCAGUCCUCGUCCAGGGAGAACCUGCUGGACGAGCACGGCAGCAUCGCCCUGCGCCAGGACCAGAUCCAGAGCCAGCUGCUCCUCAAGGAGGUCUGCAGCGUGUCUGUGCGCAUGAAGCAGGUUGAAGAGCUGUAUGGGGCUCUGCUGGAGUCGGGGGACAAGAGGAAGGACAUGCUGGAGAAGAGCUGCAAGAAGUUCAUGUUGUUCCGGGAAGCCAGCGAGCUGCAGCAGUGGAUCCACGAGAAGGAGAACACGCUCACCAACGAGGAGCUUGGCUCCGACCUGGAGCAGGUGGAGGUGCUGCAGAAGAAGUUUGACGACUUCCAGAAGGACCUGAAGGCCAACGAGUCUCGCCUGAGGGACAUCAACAAGGUGGCGUCUGAGCUGGAGUCUGAGGGCCUGAUGGCGGAGGAGGCCCCGAUGGUCCAGGCCCAGCAGCAGCAGCAGGUGCAGGGAGCUGCUCCUGGACAGGAUGAAGCCGACCGCAACACGCCGUCUCCAUGGAAGAACAUACGUCUGGCUGUUCAAACUACGGCCAACUUUAAUACCAUCAAGGAGCUCAACAACCGCUGGAGGUCUCUGCAGCAGCUCGCUGAGGACCGGAGCAACAUGCUGGGGAGCGCCCACGAGGUGCAGAGGUUCCACAGGGAUGCUGAUGAGACCAAGGAGUGGAUCGAGGAGAAGAACCAGGCGCUCAACACGGACAACUACGGCCACGACCUGGCGAGUGUCCAGGCCCUGCAGCGCAAACACGAGGGCUUUGAGAGAGACCUGGCGGCGCUGGGGGACAAGGUGAACUCUCUGGGGGAGACGGCGGAGCGUCUGAUCCAGUCCCACCCGGAGGCCGUGGAUGACAUCCAGGAGAAGUGCACGGAGCUGAACACGGCGUGGAGCAGCCUGGUGGGCCGGGCCGACCAGCGCAAGGACAAGCUGGGCAGCUCCCACGACCUGCAGCGCUUCCUGUCUGACUUCAGAGACCUGAUGUCCUGGAUCAACGGCAUCCGAGGCCUGGUGUCCUCGGAGGAGCUGGCCAAGGACGUGACGGGGGCCGAGGCGCUGCUGGAGAGACACCAGGAGCACCGCACCGAGAUCGACGCCCGCGCCGGGACCUUCCAGGCCUUCGAGCAGUUCGGCCAGCAGCUGCUGCUGCGGGGCCACUACGCCAGCCCCGAGGUGCAGCAGCAGCUGGAGGCCCUGGACCGGGAGAGGGCCGGCCUGGAGAAGGCCUGGGUGCAGCGCCGCAUGAUGCUGGACCAGUGCCUGGAGCUGCAGCUCUUCAACAGGGACUGCGAGCAGGCGGAGAACUGGAUGGCGGCGCGCGAGGCCUUCCUGGCGAGCGACGACAAGGGGGACAGCCUGGACAGCGUGGAGGCGCUCAUCAAGAAGCACGAGGACUUCGACAAGGCCAUCAACGUGCAGGAGGAGAAGAUCGCGGCUCUGCAGUCGUUUGCCGACCAGCUGGUGGGAGCCGAUCACUACGCCAAGCCGGAGAUCUUCAACCGGCGCAACGAAGUCCUCGACAGGUGGCGCCGGCUGAAGGCUCAGAUGAUCGAGAAGCGCUCCAAGCUGGGCGAGUCUCAGACGCUGCAGCAGUUCAGCAGAGACGUGGACGAGAUCGAGGCGUGGAUCAGCGAGAAGCUGCAGACGGCCACGGACGAGUCCUACAAGGACCCCACCAACAUCCAGCUUUCCAAGCUGCUGAGUAAGCACCAGAAGCACCAGGCCUUUGAGGCCGAGCUCCACGCCAACGCAGACCGGAUCCGAGGCGUCAUCGACACGGGGAACACGCUGAUCCAGAGAGGAGCGUGUGCUGGCAGCGAGGACGCCGUCAAGGCGCGCCUCGGGGCCCUAGACGAGCAGUGGCAGUUCCUGGUCCACAAGUCUUCAGAGAAGAGCCACAAACUGAAGGAAGCCAACAAGCAGCAGAACUUCAACACCGGCAUCAAGGACUUUGACUUCUGGCUGUCAGAGGUGGAGGCUCUGCUGGCCUCUGAGGACUACGGGAAGGACCUGGCCUCCGUCAACAACCUGCUGAAGAAGCACCAGCUGCUGGAGGCCGACGUCUCUGCUCACGAGGACCGGCUGAAGGACCUGAACGGCCAGGCCGACAGCCUGAUGGCCGGCACCGCCGUGGACACGGCUCAGGUGAAGGUCAAGCGCGACGCCGUCAACGGGCGCUUCGCCAAGAUCACCAGCAUGGCGGCCGGGCGGCGGGCGCGGCUCAACGAGUCGCACCGGCUGCACCAGUUCUUCAGGGACCUGGACGACGAGGAGUCCUGGAUCAAGGAGAAGAAGCUGCUGGUGAGCUCGGAGGACUACGGCCGAGACCUGACCGGAGUCCAGAACCUGAGGAAGAAGCACAAGAGGCUGGAGGCGGAGCUAGGAGCUCAUGAGCCCGCCAUCCAGGCGGUGCUGGACACGGGGAAGAAGCUCUCUGACGACAACACCAUCGGCCAGGAGGAGAUCCAGCAGAGGCUGGCCCAGUUUGUGGACCACUGGAAGGAACUCAAGGACCUGUCUGGAACCAGGGGCCAGAGGCUGGAGGAGUCCCUGGAGUACCAGCAGUUUGUGGCCAACGUGGAAGAGGAGGAGGCGUGGAUCAACGAGAAGCUGAACCUGGUGGGCAGCGAGGACUACGGGGACACGCUGGCCGCUGUGCAGACACGCACCACCUACACGCAAGAUGGCGUCACGCUAAGCACACGGCUUGUGAUGAUGUCAUCUCUGUGUUCAGGUGAGAAGGAGAACAGCCUGAAGACUGACGACUACGGCCGAGACCUGUCCUCCGUCCAGACCCUGCUCACCAAGCAGGAGACGUUUGACGCGGGGCUGCAGGCCUUCCAGCAGGAGGGCAUCAGCAGCAUCACGGCGCUGCAGGACCAGCUGCUGGCAGCGCAGCACGUGCAGCAGCGCGCGCUGCAGGAGCGCCACGCCGCGCUGCUGCAGCGCUGGAGGCAGCUGCUGGGCGACUCGGCCGCCCGCAGGGAGCGGCUGCUGCAGGCGCAGGAGCACUUCAGGAAGGUGGAGGACUUGUUCCUGACCUUCGCCAAGAAGGCGUCGGCCUUCAACAGCUGGUUCGAGAACGCGGAGGAGGACCUGACGGACCCGGUGCGCUGCAACUCGCUGGAGGAGAUCCGGGCCCUGCGCGAGGCCCACGAGGCCUUCAGGGCCUCGCUGAGCUCGGCGCAGGCCGACUUCGGCCAGCUGGCCGAGCUGGACCGGCAGAUCAAGAGCUACCAGGUGGCCUCCAACCCCUACACCUGGUUCACCAUGGAGGCGCUGGAGGAGACCUGGAGGAACCUGCAGAAGAUCAUCAAGGAGCGAGAGCUGGAGCUGCAGAAGGAGCAACGACGACAAGAGGAGAACGACAAGCUGCGCCAGGAGUUCGCUCAGCACGCCAACGCCUUCCACCAAUGGCUGCAGGAGACACGGACGUAUCUUCUGGACGGGUCGUGUAUGGUGGAAGAAUCUGGAACCCUGGAGUCUCAGCUGGAGGCCACCAAGCGUAAGCACCAGGAGAUCCGCGCCAUGCGCAGCCAGCUGAAGCGGAUCGAGGACCUGGGGGCCGCCAUGGAGGAGGCCCUGAUCCUGGACAACAAGUACACGGAGCACAGCACGGUGGGCCUGGCGCAGCAGUGGGACCAGCUGGACCAGCUGGGCAUGAGGAUGCAGCACAACCUGGAGCAGCAGAUCCAGGCCCGGAACACGACUGGAGUGACGGAGGAGGCGCUGAAGGAGUUCAGCAUGAUGUUCAAGCACUUUGACAAGGAGAAGUCUGGCCGUCUGAACCACCAGGAGUUCAAGUCGUGUCUGCGCUCUCUGGGCUACGACCUGCCGAUGGUGGAGGAGGGAGAACCCGACCCAGAGUUCGAGGCCAUCCUGGACACCGUGGACCCCAACAGGGACGGGAACGUGUCGCUGCAGGAGUACAUGGCCUUCAUGAUCAGCCGCGAGACGGAGAACGUGAAGUCCAGCGAGGAGAUCGAGAGCGCCUUCAGAGCCCUGAGCGCGGAGAACAAGCCCUACGUCACCAAGGAGGAUCUCUACCAGAACCUGAGCCGGGAGCAGGCGGACUACUGCCUGUCCCACAUGAAGCCGUUCCUGGACGGGAAGGGCCGCGAGCUGCCGGCCGCCUUCGACUUCGUGGAGUUCACUCGCUCGCUGUUCGUCAACUGACCCUCGCCCCGGGGACCAAUCGGGACGCGGCGCGCACGCACACACACACGCAGCUCACGUGCAUGACAAGGCAAUAACAAGUAUUUAUGUGGCUUCUAACCGCUCUGUGCUUCAUGUUUCACGCUUUAAGAACUAAUAAACGCUACUGAUUACAACUGGA